AUGUCUUUGAAAAUUCGGUCAAUCGGAGAAGUCAUCAGUUAUCAAGCUACGCAACGAACUGAAUUUAUAGUCGGAAUGGGAGUCGUUAAAUCAAAAACAAGUGAAAACGAAAGCAUUACAUUCAACAUUACUCAAUUUAUCCCAAUCGAUGUCGAAGAUCCGUGUUAUGUUACUUCGUUGGCUCCCGAGGAUGUCGUCUACUUCUACGGGACUGUCACAAAGGUGGAUUCGUCAACGCAAACUAUUAAUGUCACCUGCUCUCACUCUAGAAAAAUUUCGCUGGCUCCAUCAUCUAUACCUCAAGAUUUUACUUACGUAACAGCAGUCGGUACGGUUGUUAGUAAACCGAACAUAACAGAAGAGACUGUUUCAUUUGAUAUAAGUCUUUCUCA